UCAGUUCACUCAGUUUUCUCGCGAGCUCUCGUAGUGAUCGUAUCGACUGUCUCAGUGUCUUCAAAACUAACUUUGUUGUGUUUUGAUAACAAUUUGAAUCAAGAAUCCUCAUUUAGAACCAAAAACAGUUUGGGAAUUCGUGAUCGGGGAAAAAAGUGAGAAUCGCGAAUAUCAGUGUAAAUUGAUUUCAAAAGAAGAAAAGUCAAAGAUGAAAAUGAGGCUCUCUUCUUUUGCUGUCUCGUUUCUGGGACUGUGUCUCGUUUCCAGAAUCUCAGGAUCUGCUAUCCCCAUCUGGGAAUAUCUCACAAGGGAUGAAAAAAUGAGUCACUUGUACAAGAUCUUUAGUCAACAGGUUGAAAAAUACUGUUCUCGUUCUUCAUUGCCAGACUGCAACAAAAAUUUCUUAGUGACUGGUAUGCAAAAACUGGCCAGCAUAAGCAACGAUCGUUUGGAUCUAUUGGACCCUUAUCAACGAGAUUCUGAAGAUAUGAUUUGGCGAGCUUUGGCAGGAGGAAGUAGAAGAAACGAGCAAGAAGUCGAGGAGCGUUAUUCUGGCCUUCCAGAUUAUACCGAAAGUGGCAAUGAAUUGGCAGAAGAAUCAGCACGAGUUGAGGACUACAUUCGUCCAGCAGAUCAUCCAGGUCCUUUCCUCGUUGGUCCCAUGGUCUUCCGGGUGAUGCCAGACGGUCGUCCAGUUCCUGGCGACAGCCAAGGUCCCCUUCCCAAGGACGAAGACAUCGACGAACUCAGAUAUCCUCAUGUUCCUUCAAUCCAGGAAAUCGAAACAAAAACCAAUAGUCGCUUCUUUAAAAAACCAGGGCAACCCUUCAACAACGCCCUCGGUUCGCCCCUACACGAACGUCGCCCACUGCCCUCCUACCGUUUCUACAUCAGAGGUCGUCCCUACAAUCACCCCCUUCGCGAACGAAGUUUCUCCGGAAUUUCCCGCGAAAUGCGCUACUAUUAAAAGGACUGAGUAAUUCGCAUUGGCUGUGAACGAGAGCGAAAUCAGGUGAAGCUUCGAGUGUGAAGCUGUGUCGCUGAGCGGAUGUGAAGCUCUAAUUGUAGUAAUUCGAUAAGAUUGACGAUUGGUCGGCCAGUGAACUCUGCAGACUUCCGCUGCAAGAUACAUUAUUUUCAUUGAAAGAUAAAACAGUUUUUUCCGGCCGUACGAAGUCGAGUUGGCUGUUCGAUCAUGAAACCUAGAAAUAAGCUACACAAGUCUCAUUUCUAUUUAUUUAAUAAGGCUCAUCUCUAUUUAUUUAAUUCUUCAUGCCACUUUCUAAUCCUCGAGACUCGAGACGCGGACUUGACAUGACAAACGUUCAACCGUACUGACUUGAAAAAGGACCGAAUUUUUACGAGCUAUGUAAAUAGAGGUAGAAUCGAGGCAGAAUCGAGGCAGAAUCGAGGCUCAUUCUCUAAAAUAUAAAUUGACAUCUGCUUUUGACUUUAUUGGAGAUUGCACCUUCCAUUUAAUGGUAUCGAACUUUGAGGGAUUGGCAUUUUUAUGACUUGAAGAUUUGGAGGUUGCGUUAGUCGUUGUGAAAUAAAUGUUUUCGGGACGUGCAAUCUGUAUAAAUUAGCUAGUAUGAUCUUGUGAUAAAUUAAGACUAAGACGCUAUCGUGUGAAUAGAAGUUCACACUUUUCGUAUGUCAUAUUGAUAAUAGCGAUUUAAGAAUUUUAGGGUUUGCCUCCUGGCUGUCGUGAUGUGACCCAGCCGUAUUAUUAAUUUUAGACUCGAGAUUAAGAUUGUAAAUACGGAAUUAGUUCGGAGAACGAUAAUGUGUUUGUAUUAAUCUUGUAAAUUGUCUUCUGCGAAGCAAGGUUUGCCUUAGUUUUUAAAGAAA